AUUAAGGAACGACUCCAAAAAUUCUACAGCCUUGAAUCAAUUCACGACGCCAAGGACCAAGUUUCGUCAACGCCGCCAAGAUGUCGAUGUUCCGGGCCAAGAAGCUCGACAUUGGCUGCUUCGUCAAUAUCAAGACAAUUAGAGAUCACUCUAAGAGAAAGGCAUACGCUAAAUUCGAGCCUGAGAGACAAGCCCUGAGAUAUAUCAUCCGAAACACCACAUUGCCUCCGCGAGCAAGAGCCGAAGCCCAACUGCAGCUGACACAGAUGCACUGCUACACCCGACCAACACAAAUCCGAGGACGAUGUCUGCUGGGUGGUAAAGGAAGAGGUAUAUUGCGCGACUUCAAACUCUCGAGAUAUAAUUUUAGGAUGCAGGCUUUAGCUGGUAAUAUCCCGGGUGUGAAAAAGGCCAGUUGGUAAGGCCGAACCUACCAGUGGCGGUUGUCGCAGGAUACCUACUAGAUACCUACCUCCUAGGUAGUAUGGUCAAGCUACAUCGGCUUUUGAUCAGACUGCGAAUCUCGGGUGUACAUUGUAUUUUUACGACGACAUAAAUGAAUAAAUUCCCUACA